UGUGCUGUACGAGUGUACGCCGCCAUUGCUGAAUUUUGUGCCUCUGCAAGCCAAAACGCGGAAGCCGAAAGAUUACGAAAAUUCUGGAACAACGGCUCCAGUGUCCGGUUUAUAGGGUGAACCACGUUCCUGGAGCACUUUUGUAAGGAUUAGCAUAACCAUUACUAGAAUGGCCGAGGAAUUUGAUAUAGAAGCGUUGUUGGAGGCGCCGUACUCAAAGAAAGAUGCAAGCAGCAAGUCUCGAGAGAACGAUGACAACCGCAUAUCGUCAAGAAAAAGCAAAAAGAGAUCUCGUUCAAGAAGCAGAGAUCGAGAUAGGAAUGAUCGCGCGCGAAGCAGGGACCGAGACAGGAAGAAUCGCGAUGAGAAAAGGAGUAAGAGGCGGAGCAGAAGCAAGAGUAGGGAUAAGGACAAGGAAAAGGAUAAGGACAAGGACAAGCACCGCAGACGCAAGAGUCGCAGCAAGGACCGCCGCAGGUCCCCCUCGCCCCUGUUGCUUGGACCUCGUCGCGAAAGAGAAAAGCAGACAAACAAUAAUUUCAGGUUUGAUGACUUGACGCCGGAGGAAAGAGAUGCUAGGACAGUUUUCUGCAUGCAGCUGUCUCAAAGAGUGAGAGCUAGAGAUUUGGAAGAAUUUUUCUCGUCUGUCGGAAAGGUCAGAGAUGUGAGGUUGAUUAUGUGCAACAAAACUAGACGCUUCAAAGGAAUUUCCUAUGUCGAGUUCAGAGAUCCCGAAUCUGUAGCACUGGCCAUGGGUUUGAGCGGACAAAAAUUGCUUGGGGUUCCAAUUGUGGUGCAGCACACACAGGCCGAGAAGAACAGACAGGGAAAUUCGAUGAUCAGCAUGAUGAGCAGAGGCGCCUCUGGUCCCUGCAAACUGUACGUCGGAUCGUUGCACUUCAACAUCACCGAAGACAUGCUUAGAGGCAUUUUCGAGCCAUUUGGCAAAAUUGACAGCAUCCAAUUGCAGAUGGACCCUGAAACUGGCCGGUCCAGGGGCUACGGCUUUGUCACAUACCGAGAUGCGGAGGACGCCAAAAGAGCUUUAGAGCAGCUGAAUGGAUUCGAGUUGGCUGGCAGACCAAUGAAAGUGAACACUGUCACUGAGAAGAAUGAAUUCUUCCAGAUGAAUCCUGCUCUCUUGGACACUGACGAGACGGAUAGAGCCGGAAUCGACCUUGGCGCCACUGGAAGGUUACAACUGAUGGCUAAACUGGCUGAAGGCACUGGCAUGACGUUGCCUGCCGCAGCAACGUCUGCUCUGAACGCAACAGCACAACAACCCUUAAUCACAGCUCAACAAGCUGCCAUGGCUCAGGCGACCGCGCCGCCCAUCGCCACGCAAUGCUUCAUGCUCUCAAACAUGUUUGAUCCAGCACAAGAAUCAGCUCCGUUCUGGGACACUGAGAUCCGGGACGACGUGAUCGAAGAGUGCAACAAGCAUGGUGGCGUUCUGCACGUCUACGUUGACACCGUGUCUCCGCAGGGCAACUGUUACGUCAAGUGCCCGACAAUAGCGACCGCCGUGGCCGCAGUUAACUCGCUGCACGGCCGCUGGUUCGCGGGGCGCGUCAUCACCGCCGCAUACGUGCCGGUUGUCAAUUACCACAGCCUGUUCCCUGACGCGAUGACGGUGACCACGCCGUUGCAGCCUAACAGGAAGUGAAGCGGAUGAGAUAAUUUUUUCCAGUUUUGAUUUGAAAGGUUUGCUUACGGCACAUAAUUAGUUAUACUUUGUCGCUUGCGAAGUGAGAAGCAAGGAGAAGCAUUAAACUAUGUAAAAUAAAUUUGUAAAGAUCAGUAUAAAA